AGAGAGAGAGGAACAGAGACAGAGACAAGGUGGCAACUGCACCUGGAGGGAGAGAGGGAGAGAGGGAGAGGAGAUCCAAGGAGGUGAGACGAGAAGGACUGAAUGGGAAAGGUAUAGUGGCAGAGGGGACGAAAGAUUGGAGGGAAAGAGAAGGAGAAAGAGAGGUAGGAGGUACCUUUCCGAGAAUGAGGAAGACUAGCAGGGAGAGGGGUGUGAGAAUGGGAAGACUUCCUGAGAACGAAGCAGAGAGAGCAAAGAUGAAACGAUUUGAGAGGGUAAAGGCCCUGGACAUAGACGAAGUGCAACGUGGAAAAAGAACAAAAAGAGAUGGAGAGAGAGACCUGAAAAAGUACAGAGAGAUGGAGAGAGAGAGAUGGAGGGAGCCCAAACGCAAUGGAGGGGACCAGAGAGAGAAAGAUGGAGACAAAUUGAGGGAGAGACCUAAUGAAUUUGAUCCUAGAUUUAGAGACAGAAGGAGAGAGGAGUGGGAUAUGAAAGAGCCAAGAAGCCAGAGAGACAGGGGCAUGGACAGCGAGGGGGAGAGGCCAAAACCUCGGCAGCGUGAGAGAGAGGUGGAGUUUUAUUUACCUCAGAGAAGCAGAAUAACUGAAGACAGAGGAGGAUGUCCAGAAGACAGGAAGGAGCAGACGAGAGAGGGAUGCAGGGACACAAAAAGUGAUGGAGACAGUGAUGGAGAGAAGGGAAAGGGGAGUGGCAGAGAAUCAGAGAAAAUGAUGUUGAGCCACAAACAUAGUAAAAGUGAAGGAGAUAGUGAAGGGGAAAAGAAUAGAGACAGACGGAGGGAGAAAGAUACAUACAGAGAGGCUGAACGUUAUAGAGAGAGGGAGAGAGAGUUCCAGGUUGGAAAAUAUAGAGAGAGAGAUAGACGAGGUGAGAGGGAGAAAGAGAGAGAGCUGGUGCCAUACAGAGAAAAGGAGAGGUGGAAAGAGAGGGAAGGGGAAAGAGAGGCUGUGAAACCAAGGGACGAGGUAAGACAGAGAGAGUGGGAACAAGACCCAGAGAGAGGAAGAGAUAGAGGCACUGGAAGAGAGAAGGAGGCCGACAGGUACAGAGACAGGGUUUGGGAAAGAAAAGAAGACAAAGAGAGGCAAGGCAGGACAUGGGAAGAGACCAGCAAAAACAGUGAGAAGACUCAUAAAACACGAGGGACAGCAGAAGAGAAGGUCAGAGAGAGGGAGCGGUACCCAGACAGAAAGAAAGAGGAGAGAUACCUCAGAUUUAAUGACAAACAGAGAAUGAGGGAGGUGGACGAUACAGGAGAGAGAGAGAGAAACAGAGAGAGUGAGCUACAGAAGGAGAAAGUGCAAGGCAGCGAAGAAUUGAAGCCUGAGAUUGAUGUGGAGAGAGACGGGGAGGCAGAUUCCGCGGCAGAAAGAUUUAGGGAGGGAGAAGGAGAGAGGGAGGGAGAAUUAGAGAUGGAGGGGAAGCUACAGGGAGGGCAGGAGCCAGACAGGGGGCCAGAGGCACCGGACCAUCGAUACAUACCCAGAAAACUCUGGUUAGAACCACAGAAAGUGACAAAAAAUACAGAGAUGGAAAAGAAAGCAGAAAUGGAUGAAGAUGAGGGACACAGUGGAAGGUAUUUGGAGAGCAAUUUACAGGAGGGUUACCAUAUGCAAGAGAGAUGGAUGGACAGAGGAGAAGGGGAAAGUGCACAGGACAUGGAAGAGGAAGAGGGGGUGAGCGUCGACAGUGACAAAGAAGAGGAUAGUGAGAGAGGCAAGCAGAUAAAGGAGCAAUUUUACGGGGAUGAAGAGGCAGAGUCAUUCAGUGAUGGUGAGAGCGAGCAAGCUCGGCAAAGAGAAGGAUGCACUGAGGAUAGUGACAAAGAUGUGGAGAGAGGGUGCAACAGUGACCAAGACAGUGAUGGAGAAAGUCAGAGAGAGUUUGGAGGAGAGAGGGAAAGAGUGCUGUCAGGAGAGGAUGGGUUCAUAACUGUCUCUAGUGGUGGGGAGGAAGAAGAGUGGGAUGAAGAAGAUAGGUUUGAAGACUGCAGUGAAUUCUGGGAAGGUGAUACAGGGGGUAUCCAUGAAGGAGAGAGGAAGGAAAUCAAUAAUCAGGAAGCGAGUCUGGAUGAGGGCAGACAAAAAGACAGCAUGCACCCAGGGAGGGAGACUACUGCAGAUACCAAGGAAGAGGAGAAUGAGGAGGAAGUGCCUUCCAAAGUGACAGUGUUCUGUGUAAUCGGACAGACACUCCCCAGAACACGAUGUGACCGUGAGGGGAUCCUGGAUAAGACUGGAGAGCUCAGUCAAAAUCCGGACCAUGACAUUGGCGGAGGUGGUGGGCUCACUAAUGCUGUUCCUACUGAUGGCCAGACUGCGGACAAAGAGUGGGAGAAAGGAGACCAGGAUGUUGAGAGUGGGCAGCCAGACAAAGAGAAAGAGACUGCAGAAAGAAGUAAAGAAAAGGUGGAUGAGAUUUGUACCCUCGAGGAGGAGAGCAGAGAGGAGAACCCUGGAAUUCAUGUCUGUGAGAGUCCGCCAGAGCGUAGUGAAACUGAGGAACGUAUAAGGGAGGAGGUGGUUGAUGUGUGCCCCAGAAACAGUGAGAGAGAAGGCGGUGGAAACAUGAUGACUGCGGAGCGUGAAACAGAGACCGAAACUUGUCAAGGGAAACAAGACGCAAAGGAGACUGAGCCACAUUCACAAAUGACAACUGAGUGCAGUGAGGAAAGAGAAUUUGGAAGGACAGGGACUGAAUCACAUUCUGGGAGUAAACAAGGUGACAAAACAGAUACUGAACCCAUCAUUCACACGCCCAAUGAUUUGACAAAGGCAGAAGAAGGACGCAAAGAAGACUCUGCCCCGUAUAUAAAGUGGGCAAAGGAUAUAGUGAGGGAAAUCCUGGGCUCAUCAGGGGACACUUUGGAAGGGAUGGAAUCACCACAGAGUAGAGGCCUCAUUCCUGGGACGCCUCAGACAGACCAAGAGGCAGACGGUGAGAAUGGGUCACCGAUAUAUGCAACGGUCCAGAAAAAACCAGGUGCUCAGGUGUUCACGGACUCACCGGCAGAGCGGGAGGGAGAUAUGCCGGUGUAUGCACAGAUCCAGAAGCAAAGAGACAGGCACCCUGACUCACUGACAGGCAGUCAAACAGACACAGGGAUGCACAUGCAGAUGGACAGACAAAGGGACUCUGAUUCGCAUACAAACACACACAUAGAAAUACAGAUAGAGCCGGUCAGACAGAGCAGUACAGGGGAAGGCACAUGGGCAGCAGCUGGACAAGGAGGCAAGACAGACAAAGAGGAGGACCCAGAAAAUCACCUCUCCUUCAAGAAAAUGCCCCUCUCAAAGUCCAACAGUUGUCCGAGUCCUGACAAAAGCCCAAGUUCCAGUAUUAUUAAGCUAGAGCAUUCUAAUGUAGAAAAUAAGGAGGGAGCGAUUGGAGCAAAAGAAAGCACCAGCAGCUUUCGAGAUCAGGGAAAUAAGGCUCGGGAAAGGAGGCGAGGUUUUCGAAAGACCAUUGAAAAAAGUAAAGAAGAAGUGGCAGAAGAAGAGACAGAAGAAGGAGAAGGCAGAGAUCGCAGGACGAGAGUGUUCGACGUGCCUGAGGAUUAUGACGAGCUGAGCUUCAGCUGGAGUGAGGCGGAGCUGAGGACUGUAACAGAUACAAUUGGGAAGAUGAAAAAGAGAAACUCCAAAUUCUUCAACUCUCAACUGUAUCAGCAGUACAGCGAAGUGGCUCUGAAUCGGGAGAUACUGCGCCAGUCUCGCAACGACACCCUUUCCGUGUGCGAAGAGCCUCCUGCCCCUUCAUCUGUGUCCCCCGUGCCCUCGCCCCCCCCUGCUCGUCGCCCCUUACCCCCCCUUCCUGCUGUGCCCCAUCCCCACUCCCUUGGCCAUGCUAACUCUUUUUCCAAUACCAGCGCUCUGUCCCUCCCUCUCCCUCUCCUUCCACGGCCCCCCUCUCCCCGUCUCCCUAGGCCUCUCUCUAGGUCCCCCACUCUUUGGCAAGAUCUACCUGGUGUGAGGAGCAGCCAGGAACUGAGUGAUUUAAGUGAAGAUGAGAGACGUCUGCAAGAGGUUAGGUUUGAGGUGGUGACCUCAGAGGCGUCUUACUAUCGAAGUUUAGAGAUUGUGGUCCAGCAUUUUGUCAAGUCCAAAGAGUUGGGGUCCCUGCUGACAACACAGGAUAGGAACUGGCUCUUCUCGAGAUUAGGGGAUGUCAGAGCCAUUAGCCACAGCUUUCUGGAAAAACUCGAAGAGAGGGUGGAGAAUGACAUCAUGCAGUUCACUGUCUGUGAUAUCAUCGUACAACACUGCCCUCGAUUCCGACUGGUCUAUGUGCCCUACCUCACUAAUCAAUCAUACCAGGACAAGACGUACCAAAAACUCAUGGACGAGUGUCCCGGGUUCCGCCGUGUUGUGGAGAAGCUGGAGCGCAACCCCAUUUGCCAGCGACUUCCCCUUCGCUCUUUCCUCAUCCUUCCCUUCCAAAGGAUCACACGAAUCAAGCUUCUCGUGCAGAAUAUUGUGAAGAGGACAACUCCAAACACAGAGGAGGAAGUACAGGCCAUAAAAGCUCUCAAGUUACUGGAGAAGCUGAUCCAGGAGAGCAAUGACAGCAUCACUCAGAUGAAGAGCAUUGAAUCUCUGGUCUGUCUGAGUGCCAAAGUUGACUUUGUUGAGUGCAAGACUCUUCCCCUCGUCAGCCAGUCUCGUAGGCUGGUGCGGGAAGGAGUUGUGACAGAACUACAGGACUUUGUGCUCAAAGAGCCAGAGAGGACUCUCUACCUACACCUCUUCAAUGACUACCUGCUGGUCUCUCUCCGAAAAGAAGGAGGCAGGUUCACAGUGAUCGACCACGCUCCCGUGUCAGAGCUUCGGGUGGAGAACUGCCGAGUGAAACUACACUCCCUGCAGAAGAACCUCUUUCGUCUCCACCUCGCGCAGAAGGCGCUGCUCUUGCGGACAGAAUCACAGAGUGACAAACUGCGCUGGAUGUCGGCUCUCUCACGCCCACAUCCACAGAUAGAUUUCUGUGCAGCUCAAGACUUUAUUCAGGUCCAGUGCAUCAGAGCAUUUGUUGCCCAGCAACCAGAUGAGCUGAACCUGGAGAAAGCAGAUGUCCUCCUGGUUCAUCAGCACAGCAGUGAUGGCUGGAUUGAGGGAACAAGACUGUCAGACCGACAAAGGGGCUGGGCUCCAGAUUCUCACCUGGAGACAAUCACCAGUGAAAGAGCCAGACAGCGCAACCUGCUGGACACUCACAAAAUUACUACAAUCACUGCAACCUACUAAGGGCAAAAUUCAAUCUAUGCGCAUGAGAGAAAUGGAGUGGGAGGAAUAUCAGGUUCUCAUUAGAUCUGGGGUUUUAAUUUAUCUGUUUAAGCCAAUGAUUUGAUCAAAUGAAAAUCCGCUUGUCUGAUUAGGCCAAAACCUUUGUCCUUGCUGUCUAAAUAUUGUAAUACAAAACGGAAGCUCCUGGAUGGUGGCUGUCCUUGAGCAGAGCUAUUCACUCCUGCAGUGACCCUUGUCUUUGUGCACGGACUUUGAAUGACAAACUGAUAUCAAGAAAUAGUAUUAGUCUUAUUAUGUGUGACUGUUCCCUGACAGGAGUUACAUAUAGCAUUACUAUUUUAGCACAGAUUAACAAUAAUAAUUCAGUGCCAUUCGAUAGUAAAACCGCAAGGUCUUGCUACUGUAUGCUAGGUUUUUUUCUGGUUGAGCUUUGUUUUAAUAUUUGUGAAUAUUUCUUAUAUUCACAGAUUAAUGCAUGAUAAAAUGAAUAUAAACGUAUUGCCAUAUUUCCUAACAGUAUAGUUAUGAUCAGUGAGGUACCAUAUGGUAAUGGAAAGUGUAGUGUAUAUAUUCUCUAUUAUCUACAUAUCAGUAUAUUGUCAGUAUGUUGUAAAACUGUGAAAAAUCAAUACAUCUCAAAUUCAUGUAUAUAUUUAUAUCCAGAAUUAUAGAAGAUGAGAGGGAAUAUGUGCAGUUCUAUUCUGAAAAUCUAAAUGAUCAACUUGUUAUUGUUUAUAUUGUCAAAAGAAUUGUUUAGGAAAAUAAAAAGAUGGUUAUGUGCAGACAUAUAUGAGAUACAUUGUACAAUUUUCAAUAGGAUUGGAUUUAUAUAUCUUUAAAAAGUGUUCUAUGAUUUUUAUCAUAAGAAAUGUAUGUCAUGCAUACGUUUCCUUGCCAACAAGGAAAUAUUCUGCAAUAAAAUUUUAAUAGAA